GUGUUUGUGUGUAGGAUGAGUGGAGUCCAGCGGUCCUUGUUUUUCCUCGGUCUUCCAGACCUAAAGAAUCUGGUCUGUGUCACCCUGACACUAUUUGACGAGGAGCCGAGGAGCAAACAGAUCAAGACCUGCAGAGAGCUGGUGCUGCUGUACUCUGAUAUCCUGGCCUCUCCUGCUCUUGAGUCCUUCACUGAUAUCUCUGUGGUCAUGGCAAUCCCGUUUUUCCAGAAAGGCGUCCUCCAGGCGUUUGGACAGAGACGUGGUCUGCAGCUGGGCUCUCCUCGGGGUGUGUUUCCUGGUGACCUCCAGUGCUGUCUGUCCUACUCUCUGAUCUCCAGACUGUCUCCCAGCUGGAACAAAGCAGGACUCUACCUCGUCUCAGGAAAGGACUUCCUGAGUGAGAGAGGGACACAGAGCGCUGUCAGCAUGGAGCUGAGCACCACUGAAGGCCAACUGUGCAUCAGCAUCAACACACACACCGUCAGACUGUCCCCAACCACGCUGGAGGACUUCGACCUCCCUCCUCUGGUGCUGCGGAGGUUCUGCAGUGAUCCCGACUCCGUCCUCGACCCGUCCUCCACUGGGAGAACUGUUUGGUGUCAUGUGCUGCCCAGCAUGAAGAAAGGUCAGAUUAUCACCAUCAGCCGUCAGCUGCCCAGAGACGGACCCUUCAGGACCUACACAGACCUGCAGAACCACUGGAACAGCCUGUACGGCUACAGACUCCCUGAGCUCCCAGAGGCAGAGCUGGUUUACUGCAGCGUUUACUUCAGGCUGCUGGGAGAGACUCUCUUCACUUACCCUCUGAGCUGCAUCCGCCUGCAGCCGGCACAGUGCUCCCCCCGGGGCGACCUGCAGGGGGCGCUGGGCUCCUUCCUGUCUGACAUUAGGGACAGAGUGCAGAGUGUGUGUGGCUUCCCUGCACGCCUGACCAGGAAACCCUGUUACCACACAACCAGUCUGAACAGUGCUGCAUCUGCACAAGUGCAGAGUCGUGAACAGGUCAACCUGACCACUUCCUCCUCCGUCAGGCCCGUCCUCACCCAGCUCCCUGCUCAUCCUCCAAGACCAGUGAGACCCUCCUUCAGCUCGCAGCCAGCAGCCUGGCCCCCCCGCUCCCAGCAGGACAGAGCUCCUGGGCUUCUGGGUAAUGGAGGUGGAGUCGAGAGCAGUUUGACUCAAAGUCAAGAGAGUAGAGGAGAUGGAGACUGGCUGUCAUCUCUGUUUUCCUUCUCUGAUGUAGCUCCUCCGCUCUCCUCCAACUCCUCUUCCUCUUCUCUUCAACUCUUUCAGCCAGCUCCCUUCCUCUCCUCCUUCUCCUCUUCGUCCUCUAGCCAACUUUUUCAGCCAGCUGCCUUCCUCUCCUCCACCACCUCUUCCUCUUCUCUUCCACUCUUUCAGCCAGCUUCAUUCCUCACCCCUUCCUCCCUCUCUUCUUCUUCUUCUCAUCUACUCUUUCAGCCAGCUUCAUCCCUCUCCUCUUCCUCCUCUUGCUCCACCUUCUCCUCAGUCCCCCCCCCUCUUCCUCCCUCGAUAAGCCCUGCUCCUAAACUGGUUCCCAUCUUCAAGAACAAGAACCCAUCACGUCACAUCAAUGUUGCCCUGCUGGGGGCCCAGAAGCAGAGGGAGCAGCUGGGCGGAGGAGGAGAGGAGAGGAGGAGGCUGACGCUGCCGGCCGUCGGGAGGAACACACCUGCCUCUGCUCCACCUCCUUCUUUUCCAUCCUUUCAAGUUCCUCCUCAGCCAAUCACUCCUCGCUUCAUCUGGCGCCCCGAACCUACCUGCAGCACCGGUCCUCCGCCCUCAGCUCCGCCCAGAAUCAGGCACUUAUCCAGCCUCAGUCCUGGGCCGAGGUCCAGACCCGGGCUGGUCCUCGCUCCAAACACAGAGACGAAGCACAAACCCAAGUCCAGCUCGGGAACCCACCUGAAGGCCGGAGCUGAGAACACCCCCGCUGCUCAGAACAGCCGUCCUCAGCAGGAAGACGCAGCUCAGCAGCCAGCGGCUGCAGAGGCUCCUCCCCCUCUGACCACCUCUGAUAAGGACCGAGACAAGAAGAGCCGAGCGAGAGUUCGGUUUGAAUCAAAGCCAAAGAAAUCCAGAGCCGCGGUCCAGGACGUGGAUGUGGAGACACUGGCCCGAAGCAGCCAGUUGUCCAAAGUGAACUCUGCCACGCUGAUGUCCUGGUUGAAGGGACGAGGACUGAGCGUCACCACCCGACUCAGGAAGGAGGAGCUGAUGCUGAGGGUCAUGAGCUGCCUGGCUGAGGCCUGAGACACACACACACACACACACACACACACACACACACACACACACACACACACACACACACAUGUUGAAGAGUUGGAUGUAUCGUGUUGGACAGAUCACAUGAUCUUGUCCUCGCUGAUUGAGACAGAUUUUCAACGUUCAAUUCUCUCGUCAGCUUCUUCCUGUUUUCACAUCUUUAACCGUCUGUAGUUUAUUCUAUGAAACUUUAAUAUGACUUGAUAUCUUUUAUCAAAUGAGUUUUCACCUUCUCAGUAUUUCACCUCUUCAGAUGUUGUUUUAAAAACCUGUCGUGAAUCUGUUUUAUAUGACUGUUUAUGUGGAGUUUAUUCAAAAGUUGUUUGUUUGCCAUUGUUUUAUUAAUGUUUAUAAUUAUUUAUUGAAACUGUUCAAAUUAAUAUAAAAAAUCACUAAAAGUUUGAUCUGAGGACAGUUUGUCCUUCAUCCUUCA